AUGAACAUGGAUGAAUUCCAAAUUAACAGGAACGAAUCAUGGAUGCACUCACAUAGCUUCUGGGUAGUUUAUAUACUGGCAGUUCUACUCUUGAAACUCUUCAUUCAGAUCAUAUCACCGAGCUUCAACUAUGGUUGGCUGACAGUCACAAUUAUACAUGCAGUAAUCACAUACGUGGGACUACACUGGCAGAAAGGUCUUCCCUUUUUCUUCCCCUCGCACCAAGGCAAAUACACUAGAUUGACACUUUGGGAGCAGAUUGACAAAGGACAGCAAUACACACCAACAAGGAAGUUCUUCACCAUGGUCCCUAUAUGUUUGUUUAUGUUAACACUAAAUGCCAAUGGAGUCUCUGGCGCUCCAUUCUAUCUCAAUGCACUUGCUUCAUUUGUGGUCGUCUUGGCCAAGAUGCCCACUUUGGAUCGUGUGCGAAUCUUUGGAAUCAAUAAAUAC